AUGUCCACCAAAGUUAUCGUUUUCGGUUCCCAUGGCAAAAUUGGCCAGAGACUCAUUAAGCUUAUUGCAGAAACCACCACUUUUACUGCUACAGCUGUGGUGAGAAAUGCUGAACAAGCAAGCGAAAUCAAGAAACUCUCCAAGAACAGUGAAAACAUCACCACUACCGAGCUCACUUUGACCGAUGCUUCGGUUCUGGACCUUGCUGGGGCCAUUAAAGGCCAUGAUGCUGUCGUCUUGUCAGUUGGGUCAGCAGGUAAGGAUCUACUCAAGGUCGAUUUGGAUGGAGUUGUGAAGGCCUUUGAGGCUUCAGUGGAAGCCAAUGUUCGUAGAUUAGUAUUGAUCAGUGCUGUAUUUGCCAAUGACAGAGAAUUUGGCAGUGCCAGUGGACUCCAUAACUACUACAUUGCUAAGCACCAUGCAGACCGCAUUUUGAGACAUGAGUUUGGCUCUCAGUUGGACUAUACAAUUUUGAAGCCCUCCAGAUUGCUUGACGGCGAUGGAACUGGAAAAAUCAAGUUUUUGUCCAAGUAUGAUGAUCCAGGCCACGUGCAGAGGGAAGAUGUUGCCAAAGCCAUUUUUGAAGUGUUGAACAACAAGAACACCUUUGGAAAAGCUUACGACUUCUGUGAGGGAGACUUGCCUAUCGACAACGAAUCCACCUGGAAACAGUAG